UUCUUUAAUCAGGAACUCCUGCGAAGUCUGUUCCAUUCACUGCUUCCUUGCUACUGGCUGAUUACUUUAUGGCAAGAAAAAACCAUGACUAUAAAUACGGAUGCAGUCCGAUGCGCUUCUUCUUCAUCCAUUUCUCCAUCUCAUCUCAGCUAGCUUCUUCUUUGCCAGAGAUCGAUCGAUAUUCGAUUGGGUUCGAGGAUUGAUUGGCAGAUCGAAAGCACUAACGAUGAUGAACAGAUUUUCGUUCGAGGAAGCGCAGAUGGCGCGCGUGCUGCUGCUCGUGUCGCGGGAGCAGCCGAUGGCGAUGGCGAUGCCGGUGUCUGGGCGCGGUGACCGCGCACCGGAGCGGGCGUUCACGUGCAAGACGUGCGGCCGCGUAUUCCCGUCGUUCCAAGCGCUGGGAGGGCACCGGGCCAGCCACAAGAAGCCGCGGCUGGACGGAGAUCUCAAACCCAAGCUGCACGCAUGUUCCAUCUGCGGCCUCGAGUUCGCCAUUGGCCAGGCGCUCGGCGGCCACAUGCGGCGCCACCGCGCCAUGGCCUCUGGAGGCCGUGUGAUGCCGCCCGUGGAAGCGAUCAAGAAGCGAGGUGCAGAAAGCGACGAUGUCGCAGUUGGCGGUGGCAUGAGCCGCGGUCUGUUGCUCGACCUGAACCAACCGCCGUGCGGUGACGAAAACUGCAUGGAUGUCGACAGCGAUUCCAGCGGAGAGUGCGGCCACCACCACGACGCAGCCGGCCAUACGUUCCACCAGUUCUUGGAUACGGGCACCAUGGCCAUGGCGGUGGACUGCGUCGGCUACUAGCUCGUUUGGAUAGUGGGACACUGCAAUAUUUUCUGUGUGCUGCCUACUACUUUUGCUUCUAUUUUAUUUUUACAUGGUUGGAGAAAUUCAUCCACAUUUUGUAGCACUAGAUAACUAUAUAUGAGCGCGUAAUCUAAGGCAUGGCAUGGCACAAAGACCAUUUCUUUCUGAGAUGACAGUGUCCCCAAUUUGGUGGCUUUGAGGCUCACAGAGCUAGUUUGCCUUAGGGUUUCCAGUUGCUGUUGACAGCAAAAAAGAACUUUGGCUAAGUGUGUAAUGUAAUUAUUUACUCGGAGUAAAAUGCAUAUAGAGCUUAUGUUUGUUUCA